CAUGUAUAUAAUCCCAAUACCUUUGAGAAAGUUACUCCAUCUCUAACUUUGAAAGUUUCCCAACAAUAAUAUAUAUUCACUCCUUUGUUUCUUGUGUAUCUUACUUAGCUUCUUGUGCUUCAUGGAGCUUCAGUUAGCUCUGGCUCUCCCUACCCAAAAUUCCUUUGAGGGGUUUAAUCCUAACAAGCCUGGCUUAAUGAAAUCAAAACAGAUAGUGAGUUCAGAAUUAUGCAGGACCAGUUGUUGUUCUGAAAGCAAAAAGCAUGUUAGAAACAAGCGUAGCUUCCAAGAGUCGUUUGGACAUUGUGUGAAACCUUUGCCUUUACUAGUAUGGAGUGGACAGCCAAAUGAGGAAGAUGACAAUAGAAAAAAGAGGCACAGAGCAUCAAACAAGAAUGAAGAAGAAAACCAUUUGGUGGGGUGGCCACCGAUUAAAUCAUGGAGAAACAAAGAACUUCAUCCUCAGCAUCCUGUAAGAGGCCAGAUAAGGAAUGAAAGGAUGCAAGCUAAUGAGAAUCGAAGUAGAGGAACAAACUCUUCAUAUGUCAAAGUUAACAUGGAAGGGGUACCAAUAGGGAGGCUAAUCAAUUUGAGACUUUACAACUCCUAUCAAACACUUACAGAUGCAUUGAUUAGCAUGUUUGUUGGAUACCAAACGUUUGAGGAAAAUGGAGCAGGUUACACGCUCACCUUUCAAAAUAAGCAAGGGGAAUGGCUUCUUCCUAGACAUGUUCCUUGGCAAACCUUCAUUGGUACGGUGCGGCGUUUGGCGAUAUUGAGGAAUGGAAAUGAAAAUAUUUGACAAAGUUUAUGGUAUGAAGUUCUUGAAGGUCCUUGGUUCAGAAUAGUAUUUACUAUUAACAGUUGAAGAGGUUGUAGAGAGCAAAAGCAAAAUAUGAAAAGUCAAAUUGCAAAUUAAUUGCUUUAGCUUUGAUUCUUUAACUAAUAAAUUUGUAUUGCUUCAAUUACAAGUAAGCUUAUCAAACAUUCGAAUUUCAGUAUUUGCCAAAUGAUCCUUUUUAUGUAUAAAAUGGCAUGAAUCUAAUGGACCCUGACUGAAAUUUGGCCAUGAUCAGGAAAUUGAGAGAAA